AUGUUCACCAGGAUGUUGAAACUGAGACUCCUCAACGCAGUAGCACCUGCGUACUUCUUCACAGCUACAGCAGUCACCUUCAUUUUGCACUUCUGCUUCUUCGUCCCAACGAUAUUCCCAAACCCCGACACAUCACCCUGGGGCUCCACAGCUCUCCACACAGUUGUUUUCCUCUUCCUGAUGUUCAACGCGCUGGGGAAUUACAUAAUGACUAUCAAAUAUCCAGCUGAAAGCGCCAACAUGAGUGGGGUUCCCGUGUGCUCGCCGCACUGCUCGGACAAGGUGGACGCCCACUACCUCCUGAACGGACGCCACUUCUGCAAACUGUGUAAGAAAGUCAUUCUCAAGAGGGAUCACCACUGCUUUUUCACCGGGAACUGCAUUGGCAACAAAAACAUGCGCUACUUCAUCAUGUUCUGCAUCUACACGUCGUGCACUUGUUUGUACUCUCUGGUUCUCGGGGUGGCCUUCCUGACAGUGGAGUACAACAUCUCCUUUGAGAACCCGCUGACCUUCCUGACUCUCCUCCUCCUCGCCACAGGCUACUUCUUCAUGGGAACCAUCUCAGGCAUGCAGCUGUUUGUGGUGCUGAUGCUGUACGUGUGGCUGGGCAUCGGCCUGGUCUGUGCAGGGUUCUGCUGCCAGCAGGUCCUGCUGGUGGCCCGGGGUCAGACCUGGUGUCAGAUGCAGAGAGGGCAGCUCGUGGAGAACCGCAGCCCCUGGAGAAACAACCUAAAGGAUGUUUUCGGUACCCACUGGAUCCUCGGCCUUAUCCUGCCUGUGCAGACAGUGGAGAUGUGCGCCGAUGAAACAGACGCACAUAAACAAGACUGAGGGAUACACACAUAUCAGAUCAACAGCUCACGAU